AUGAACACCCCUACUAGCACCUCCACAUAUCAAAUAUGUUCCACCACCGACACCUCCUCCUCCUUCUGCCUAUCUCCACCACAGCCGUCGUUUUCUCCUCCAAACAUCGUCUUCAUGUUGCUUCAGAUCUGCUUCGACAAUGAUCUAUACGGUAAUAAGAUCAGAUCUGGAAUAUCUGAAGACUCUAAGGAAUAUGACAAUCUCAGAUCUUGUGAGCAGAUCUGCAACCGCCCCUCGCAUACUUUCAGUGGUGGUGGCCAUGUGGAUGUGGCUUAUGUGGUGGUGGAGGGUGGUGAACCACAUGAGGAGGAGGGUGGUGAACGACGUGAACCGCUGGCGGAGGAGGGUGGUGGACCACAUGAGGCGGUGGAUGAUGGUGGUGGGGAGGGGAUCUAG